AUGGAAGAAGCAACAAGAACCCUCCUCGUGACGAACUUCCCAAAGACAGUUUCACACGCCGAGAUCUUACGCCUCUGCAAGUCGCACGGGGACGUGAGAGAGCACUUUAUAAUGGGAAAUAAGCACUCAGUCUUUUUUGUCUCGUUUUUCGACGUAAGAGACGCUGUGAAAGCCCAGAAAGCUCUUUCCGAGAAGUUCGCUGUAAAAUUCACGAUCUCCACGCGGGAAAUCCCGAAGGGCUCAGACGCCUGCACAGAAGAAAAGAACCAAGGCUCCGUCACGUACUCAGGAAGCGAGGAAAUCCCCUGCGAGAGUUCAGAGACUUUUUCCUCCGCGAAAAAUGCGAGGGAGUUCACCGUGCGCUUCUACGACUCGAGAAAGGCCUGCAAGUUCGUCUCGGAGAUAAAGAGCAGCUUCCCCAGGGCAAACCCAAAGUUUGUGUGGGAUAAUGAUCUCAGGCGAAGAAUAACCCUUUUAAAGGCAGCAGAGGAAAUAGUGAAGAGUGCCCCCGGGGGAUUCUAUCGGGGAAUUGACGAGGAAGCACCCCAGAAAAGGGCUCCCCCUGCGGAGAGGGCGAAACGAGUGAAGGUCUCCGGGAACUGGAUGCUCGCCCUUUUCGACCGAUUCAUCCUCGAGAAUGCUGCGAAUAUCUCCCUGGAGAGCAAGAAGUAG